AUGACACGAGUAGUUCGCAGUCAAAGUGCGCAGCGAGCUCAGUCACAAUAUGGCAACGAUCCAUUUUGUCAAUUGGCUCGACGAAAACAAUUUGACCUUGAACUAGAAACCAUUCGUGCUCAAUCGCGCUCAAUUUGGUCCAAGCCUGAUACAGCGCUCACAACACAUGGUCACUACUUUGUCGAUCCCCAGCAAACUCAACGAACCCUAUCACGACCAACAUCAGCCGGAAGACGUCACAACCCACAUCCAAAAUUAGUUUUUAUGCGAACAGGAAUGAGAGAAAUCCCAAAUGCGUAUGGUGCACCACCUGCUCGUCCUCCGUCACAACAAUCUGCUCAAGUGCCACAAAUUCCUGAUUAUCUCGAACAAAUGUCGGACUUAUCAACUGUUGAACGACAGGGCGCCAGCGCCUUUCUCAAAGCUGCUAAUGACGAUUCCAAAGCCAAUGUUAUUCAAGCAGUGAAAAACUAUCGUAUUGACAUGAAAAAUGAAUAUGAAUGUCCACCGAUUGGUGCAGCUACAGUUUGUCGAGAAGACGGUAGUCGAUCAGAAUUCUAUCCAUCGAUGGAUCGAUAUCGACAAGCGAUUCGAAACGAGAAAGAAUACAGCGGUGUUAACAGAGCUCUCGAAAAGCCAGAAACGGAUAUUCAAGUAUCCGAAGAUCAGCCUGUUCUCAAACGUAAUAUACGCUUUCCCAAUCGGCCAACUGUUCACUUUCAACGUCGAACUCAUAGUCAUACAAAUUGUCCGUGGCCACUUGCUCGUCAACCGUAUCGUGGCGAUUAUUCGAUUCAUAUGGAUUGGCAUCCACGCUUACCUCAUCAUCGACUAACGUGCCUCUGUUAG